AUGGACGAAACCGACUUUUCAGAAGAUAUGACUUAUAAGCAACAGGAGGACCUGCCUUAUGAUGGGGACUUCUCCCAGAUGAAGAUGUGCACUUCUUACAACUUUACCAUAACAAACGGCACCUCUCCUCUCUCAGCAGAAGUUGCUCUGGCAGAAGAAGACCCUCAGAAAGUGGCUUCUAACUGUGAGGUGCGCCAGGACACCACUCUGCUGGCAACUUGGGGUAAGAUGACUGAACAUGGCAGCAGCAGGCAUGAUAAAGAUAAGCAAUGCACCCUGGCUUCUCCUGUUCCAGCUGAUAAAGGAGAUACCUCCAAGUCCCACGUCUCAGAUAUUUUACUCCAUCAACUCUCCAGAGAGCAAUUCUUCAGGGGUGCAGGCGCUGGCUGUGAAACUCUCCCAGAGACCUCGGAUGCAGAGGGUCUUGAAGACUCAGAUACUCUUAUAAAUAUCAUUUCAUGUUAUGCAAAAAAGUACUACCCCAAAAAACAAACCCCAGAAUUCACUGGCCAGCCCAAUCCCCCAAAUGGUUCAGCAAACAGCAGCAAGGCCUGUUGCUCCCCUGGCACAGGAGAAAACGCCUCUCCCUUAGAAGAAGCAAUGACUGCUGUGAAGAGCACCCAUCAGGAAGAUCCAAGCUUUCUAACCAGGACUAAAGGUCCAGGUGAAAAAUAUAAAAGCUGCCUGAGGCAGACACCCCAGAGACAGCUGCCCGACAAAGCAAGUUCAGGUGACUGGUUCAGAUGCAGCCAGGCUCAAGUGCACUGCCAGAUUCCAGAUUUCCCUAAAGUUGCUCCCAAAGGGAAAAUCUCUAGGAAUACUGUAAGUAACAAACCACUUACAAUGGCUAACCAAGGCAGCCAUUCUCCUAGGUUGAGAAAUAAAUCAACAGUUGUGAAAGAUAAUUUAGGAACCACGUCUGGGUCAAAUCGUGUUGAAAAACAACCAGAGCAGAAAUGGAAAUUUCCUGAACCUUCGAAACAAAUACAGGACUUGAACCUGAGAAAUAUUGCACCAAUACCUCAAAAAGAUACUUUCUCAAAUUCUUACAUAUUUCAAAAGAUCUCUCAUGAAAAACAGAUGUGCCAGAAACUGAAAGAACAGACUGACCAACUGAAGAAUAAGGUACAAGAAUUUUCCAAAAGAAUAAAACAGGACUCUCUCUGCCAUUUGCAAGACAUAAGACUGAUGAACAAGGAACAGGCUGGCUGUCUUCCAGGGCCCUGGGGCUCCCGAGGAAGUGAGGUAACAGGGCUGCCGAGGGGAUGGCCACAGGAGGCCACCUCCAAGGAGCUCAGUGAGCUGGCCCCAAAGAUGAAACAGAAAAUGGAGAAAAGGGGCCGCAGAAGGACCAACUGUGGGAAGUUUUCCAGUAGCAUCCACGAAAAAACACUGCCCCAAGAUUUGGCUCUCGGUUCUGAUCCAGGACCCAACUUUUGUCCUGAUCCUGGCACUGGGCUACAGAGUAAGAAAUGUGAAGCCUACGGAAGCAAGGCUCAGAACUCCCAGAGAGUCUGUGAGGAAGACCCACUGAAAGAAUUUUAUUAUAGAUAUGACACUCCAGGACAAGAUAACUUAAAUCACGGCGGAGGAUAUACCUUUGUCCAGCCUCACUUCUUACAGGAAAAUAAAAUCUCUGCAUCUUCUUGUUCAAAAGCAAAAUGGAUCUGGUCCUGGAGAGUGAACUCGGAACCCGUUCAAGAUGAGCCUGAUCCUGCGGCAGGAAAACAUCCCAAGACUUACCUGACCUCUAUCUCAGAUCUUGUGACACCCUCACUCCACCUCUGCUGCUCGGGGAGUCCUAGAAUGCAAUCCUUAUGUUCCAGUAAUAACAUGGAAGAAAUGGAAUCUAAGAUUUUAAACUCACCCUUGGAGCAUGCCUUAAGGACAGCAACCAAACUGAAAAAAACCACCGACCAAAUGAUCAAAUCCAUUGCAGAAGACCUCGCCAAAGCACAAGGAUGGAGACACCAGCUAAGAUACUACUAA